UCGCAGUACCGAGAUGGCGACCGCGACUUGGCUACUGGGGCGGCGCGCGGCGAGUUGGAGGCUGCGGCCCCCGCUGCGGCCCCUCGCCGGCCUGGUUUCCCAGCGGGCCCACUCGCUGUUACCGGUGGACGAUGCAAUCAACGGCCUAAGCGGGGAGCAGAAGCAGCUUCGUCACACAAUGGCUAAGUUCCUUCAGGAGCACCUCGCCCCCUAUGCCCAGGAGAUUGAUCACAGCAACGAGUUUAAGAACUUGCGGGAGUUUUGGAAGCAGCUGGGGACUCUGGGAGUCUUGGGCAUCACAGCCCCUGUUCAGUAUGGAGGCUCCGGCCUGGGCUACCUGGAACAUGUGCUGGUGAUGGAGGAGAUAUCCCGAGCUUCUGCAUCAGUGGGACUCAGUUAUGGUGCCCACUCGAACCUCUGCAUCAACCAACUUGUGCGCAAUGGAAAUGAGGCCCAGAAGGAGAAAUACCUCCCCAAGCUCAUCAGCGGGGAAUACAUCGGAGCCCUGGCCAUGAGCGAGCCCAAUGCUGGCUCUGAUGUCGUCUCUAUGAAGCUGAAAGCAGAGAAGAAAGGAGAUCACUAUGUCCUGAAUGGCAACAAAUUCUGGAUCACCAAUGGCCCUGAUGCUGAUGUCCUUAUUGUCUAUGCCAAGACAGAUCUGGCUGCGGUGCCAGCUUCUCGGGGCAUCACAGCCUUCAUUGUGGAGAAGGGUAUGCCUGGCUUCAGCACUGCCAAGAAGCUGGAUAAGCUGGGGAUGAGGGGCUCUAAUACCUGUGAGCUGAUCUUUGAAGACUGCAAGGUCCCUGCCACCAACAUCCUAGGCCAUUUGAGUAAGGGCGUCUACGUUCUGAUGAGUGGGCUUGACUUGGAGCGGCUGGUGCUGGCUGGUGGACCCCUUGGGAUCAUGCAGGCCGUUCUGGACCACACCAUCCCAUAUUUGCACGUGAGGGAAGCCUUUGGCCAGAAGAUCGGCCACUUCCAAUUAAUGCAGGGGAAGAUGGCUGACAUGUACACCCGCCUUAUGGCCUGUCGGCAGUAUGUCUACAACGUCGCCAAGGCCUGUGAUGAGGGCCACUGUACCCCCAAGGACUGUGCGGGUGUGAUUCUUUACUCAGCCGAGUGUGCCACACAGGUAGCCCUGGACGGCAUUCAGUGUUUAGGUGGCAAUGGCUAUAUCAAUGACUUUCCCAUGGGCCGCUUCCUGCGAGAUGCCAAACUGUAUGAGAUUGGGGCCGGGACCAGUGAGGUGAGGCGGCUAGUCAUCGGCAGAGCCUUCAACGCCGACUUCCACUAACACCAAGACGAUCCCCCUGCCCCUUUGCCCAGCAUCUGGAGGCCCUUCUUUGGAAGGAGAAAGGUGGCAGCUCUCCUCCCCUGCCUGAGGCAGGUCCCGCUCUUCAGCUGUCCUCAGUUCUACCCUCUGGCCUCUGAUAACAUCGCGUUCUAAACGCUGCCAACCUCCACAGGCCUUGACAUUGGGCUUGCCUGCCCAGGAAAAGUGCCCAAGGCUUAGAACAACUCAGCAGGAAGCAUAUUGGCUUUUCUGGGUUUCACUGGGAGGGCUUUUGGUGACUCUUGACUUCCAAGCCUGUGGCCCCCACCUCCUGGGGUGAGUACCUGGGGCUGACCUUUCUUUUGGGUGACCCUCUGCGAGGGAGCCCUCUGUUCAAGUAUACCACAAGUAUUUCCCCUCUCCAUUUCUUUUCAAUUAGCAGCCUCUUUUCUUUCUGGGGGAAAAUAACCCAAAACCUAGUCUUCGUUUCUGCCAAUUUUCAGAAGCCUCAGUUCCCAGCCACUUGUGAGCAGGCACUCACUGUCUAACAGCCCUUCUACCCAUCCAGAGUUUCAUCUUUGAGACCUGGACACCCGCCAGGUUAGGGUGGAGCUCUGAAGAAAGGCAUCUCAGAACAUCUGCACCACCCAGUGUCUCCAGUGGGACAGAGGUCAGCCGCCUGUGAAGGACUGGCCAGCUACUGGCCUUCACAGCAGCGCUUCUGAGCCCUUCAGUCCUGCUCCACUACCCCAUCCCUCCAGUGCUGGUCAUGUGACCACACACAGCUGACUGGGCAGUAGGCCUGGGUUGUUGGCUUGACUCCAGCCAAGCUGCCUGUGUCCAUUUCUCUGGACGCCCUAUGGCUAAUUUUGUUAGAACUGCACAGCGGCUGCUGCCAUUUUGUAUUAAACAUAUUAUGAAGAAAACCCAUCUGCUUCUGAACUGGUGUAUUGGGGAGAAGUAAUCUACUUACUACUGCCUCCUGCCUGUGUCCUUAGAAAGUGGCUAGUAAUGGAGACAAGGAGUGGAAACAGUCCCCAGGACAGGCAUUCUCAGUGCCCCCUUCCCAUGUCUCCCAGGGACUUUUUUUUAUGCAUAUAGUAGUUGGCGUGUGGGCCAAAGGUACAGAGGGGAAGAGGUGAGAG